AUGGCAGACAUGGCAGCAGAAGGCGUUGUUGCUACGUUUUGCCUGAUGGUGUUGAGCAACAUCCUGGCCACAAAGAAGGCAUUUGGAGGAAAAGACAACAAAGAGCUGUCUGAUUCGAACCCCACAUAUGUGUCUCCUGAUGGAAAGACAUUCGCGGUGUGGGGCUUGAUCUAUGCCCUCGAGACAGCGCUUGUUAUUGCGCAGCUGUACCACGAUGAGCCCACAGACGUCCUGCUAGCUCAACGGUGCCCUAUGACUGGCAUGACAGUGAGACAAAGACUGAUGCUGGCUUUCAGUGCCAACGCAUUCUGGUUGCCGAUUUUCAACAACGAGUAUUUUUGGACUGCCCUCGUUGUGAUGGCGGUAUACCUGGGGCUUUUGGUGAGCAUCUACACUGAUGUCAAUGUGGCAGCUACAAGUGGUCUCUACCAGCACAUUUGCUUUGCGGCCGGCAUUGCUGCCAACACCAGCUGGAUUGUAGUGGCAUUCUGCGUCAGCAGCUUUCUCUCCUUUGGCAGGGCUGGCUGGCGCAGUGAGCAUGGCGUGGCGGGGUCUGUGAACGCAGCUAUCAUCGCCAUCCUUCUGGUGGCAGCGCUUGCGUGCCAGCGAGCGAUUGCCAUUGGUGAUUUGGCAUGGGCAUUCGUAGCGGCCUGGGCAUUGAUGGGGAUCUACCGCAUGCAGACAGUGCCGGACAAGGUGCGAUUCCCGCUGGGCGCGAUGAACUCCACCCUGGGCGGAGUUGCGCGGGGGGCGUCCUUUGUGGUGAUGUUCGCCAUGCUCGGUGGUGCCGCACUCCACGCGAGGCAGUGCCUGGUAGGGACUGGGUUGGCACAGCAGCCCGUGCGCGCGGACUCCACUGCCAGCGUGAUGCUCUGGUGGUCCCCCAGACAGUCACUGAUGACCAGAUGUCAGUCCUCCCCAAGUCGCACAUCCACGGCGCUCUGCAGCGCGUCCUUGGGCGCCACGAGGCGCCUUGCAGCAGUUUCUGCCAAAGCCGAGUUCAUGACUGAUUUGGGUGAAGCUGAACCCAAGGCAAUGCUGUUCCACUACUACCACGGAGUUGGUGAUUCGCUGGAGGAUGCCGAGCAGGAGGCCGCGCGGAAGGCCCUGGCCGCUAUUCGGGAGGCGGACUCCGAGAUUACAAGGUGGCUAUCGUGGGAAGCCAGCACCUCCCCGCAGGCUUUGGCGACUGCGGCGGCAAAACUGGCAGAUGCGCGGCCGACUGAUGGCCUUGCCAGGAAGCGCUUGAACCAGGCUCUUCGAAUUCUGCAUGGGAGGCCGAUUCUUAAAUACGAUUUGCGGUAUUACACGCGACGGGACGAAGACUCCUACCAUGUGGUUCUGCGAGUACCAUGGCAGGGAAAGAAGCGGUUCUUCUUCGAAGGCAGCGGCUUAGAUGCCACUUUGGCGAAGGAGAGCGCGGCGCAGGCCGCUCUUCAAGUUGUGUCGCAGGUGAAUCUCAAGAAUGGCGCAUCAAAGUUGGAAUUGCCAAGACAGCUGAGGGCAAGAAAUGUCACACUAGCGUCUUUGAGGAAGGCGGCGCUGGAUGAGAAAGUGGAGCCAAAGAUCAAGCUCUUUCAGCUGAUGGAGCGCGUCAUGGAAAGGACUGGCAGAAAGCUGGCCAGGAAUGACUUGAAAUUCCAGUGUCGCCCUGCUCGUCCGGAUGAGGCUGAAGAUCACGCCCAAGUCUGGCAGUCGCCGAUCACGGAAGUCCAGGUCACAGUUCCUCCCCUGGGACCUUCCCAGCGGCGGCUGCGCUUUACCACACGCGUGCCGGCGUGGAAAAAGGCUGAGAUGAUCUCCCCAGCGGAAGCAAAGCGAAAUCCAAGGAAGAAGAAGAGGUACUGGGAGAGCAAGGCCAUAGAGCGCAAAAGCUAUUUGGACGCCCAACAAGCUGUAGCUGCUGUGGCGGUGGCAGAGCUGGUUGACAUGCUGCCCAAGGAUCUGUUUGCCGAAGAAGCCGAAGGAGAAAGCCAGCCAGCACUUGAGGCUGUUGCAAGCCAAUGA